CCUGUGCAAGUAUUUGAGAUAAAGUUGAGAGAAUCAAGGUUAUGAUCUAAAUGGAUCCCAGGGCAGCUUUCAGAAGAACCAGGGUUUGCAGAAACACCCUUGGCUGAAAUAUUUCCUCUUCUGUAUGCCAGCUGCUGCCCUUCUUCCCAGAAGUGGCUGCCUUUCACUGGUGCUGUACACAGGGCUAGGUUGUGCUCCUUUGAAGUCAAUGGAAGUUUUGCAAUUUACAUCAGUGGAAGCAGCCUUGGUUCCUUCAUGAGCUCCAGACAAAAUCCGAAGUGCAGAUAGAUCAUCGGUGGAGGCAAACAUUUAUUUAUUUUGAAUUCUCAUAGGCCUUUCCCAACAGCUCUCCAGAGCUCAGCUCCUCCCAGGAAGUCACAAGAGCAGCUGAAGCAAAUCAGAAAGAGGGGUGGAGGGUGUAGAAUGAGAAUGAAGGAAGACUAGGGGAGUUGUGCUCAUGUGCUGAACUGUGCAGAGUAAGACUGGAGUUUAUCUCUCUAGGACUGGAAUCAGUGGUUGCAGUGGCAUGCUCAGGAGGUCUGGACUGUCUCUGAGUCAGUACUUUCUGAGAAGGAAGAACUGUGCUGGAUUUAGCUGGUACUUCAACAAGACAAAAAUGUCAAGGCUGGUUCAAGCGCGAAGACUGGAAGGAAUAGACAAGAAUGUCUGGGUGGAAUUUGUGAAACUGGCUGCCACUUACCCAUCCGUGAACCUUGGCCAGGGCUUUCCUGACUUUCCCCCACCAGACUUUGUGAAGGAGGCGUUUAUGAAGGCCGUCGGUGGGGGGGACAUCAUGCUGCACCAGUACACCCGGGCCUUUGGACACCCGGCGCUGGUGACGAUCCUGGCCCGCUUUUUUGGGAAGCUGCUAGGGCAAGAACUGGACCCUCUGACCAAUGUGCUGGUGACGGUCGGGGCAUACGAAGCCCUUUUCUGCUGUUUCCAGGCUCUGGUUGAUGAAGGCGAUGAGGUGAUUAUCAUUGAGCCGUUCUUUGACUGCUAUGAGCCCAUGGUGAAGAUGGCUGGGGGCACUUCUGUGUUUAUACAACUGCGACCAAAAGCUGCAGAAGCCGGAAAGCUGAUGUCCAGCGGAGACUGGCAGCUGGAUCCAGCAGAGCUGGCUUCCAGAUUUACCAAACGAACCAAAGCCAUCGUUUUGAACUCACCCAACAACCCCCUGGGGAAGGUGUUCACCAGGGAGGAGAUGGAGCUCAUCGCAGACCUGUGUGUGAAACACGAUGUCCUGUGCUUCAGUGAUGAAGUGUACGAAUGGAUAGUCUAUGAUGGGAAGGAGCACAUCCGGAUUGCCAGCUUGCCGGGCAUGUGGGAUCGCACGAUAACCAUUGGGAGCGCUGGCAAAACCUUCAGCGCCACAGGAUGGAAGGUUGGUUGGACUUUGGGGCCUGAUCGCCUUCUGAAACACCUCAGAACUGUCCACCAGAACUCCGUGUAUCACUGUCCGACAGCGGUUCAGGAAGCACUGGCUCAGGCAUUCCAAAGAGAGUUUGACAGCUAUGGGAAGCCAGACAGUUAUUUUGUCCAGCUGGCUCAGGAGCUGCAGCAGAAGCGAGACUGGCUAGUUCGGAGCCUAGUUGCCGGGGGUAUGAAGCCCAUUGUCCCUGAGGGCACCUACUUCCUGAUGGCAGACUUCUCAGAGUUCAAAAGUGAAGUACCUGACGUCCCGGACUCUGAUGAACCCUAUGACUCUCGGUUUAUAAAGUGGAUGAUUAUAAACAAGGGUUUAGUUGCCAUUCCAGUCUCUGCUUUCUACAGCAGUCCACACAAGAGGAAUUUUGACCAUCUCAUCCGCUUCUGCUUUGCGAAGGAGAAAGAAAAAAAGGUUGACUGGCGUAAAUGGAAACAAGAAAAAAAAGAAGAGAAGAAAAAAUGGAAGGAGAUAAAGCUAUUGAGAAAACUGGAAAAGAAAAGAAUGCAGGAGGUGAUGGAAAAACAAAAAGAAGAAGAAGAAAAGGCAAAGGAAGACAAAGGACGUCAUUACACAGUUAGUGUAGCUCUGCCAGGCUCCAUCUUGAACAAUGCACAGUCUCCAGAGUUGCGGACAUACCUUGCUGGGCAAAUUGCCAGGGCCUGUGCCAUCUUCUGUGUGGAUGAGAUUGUGGUGUUUGAUGAGCAAGGAGAAGAUUCAAGGACUGUGGAAGGGCAGUUUGACGGGAUUGGAAAGAAAGGACAGGCCUGCGUGCAGCUGGCUCGGAUUCUACAAUAUUUGGAGUGUCCUCAAUACCUGAGAAAAUCAUUUUUCCCAAAACACCAGGAUCUGCAGUUUGCAGGACUCCUGAACCCAUUGGACAGCCCUCAUCAUGUGCGGAUAGAUGAGGAAUCAGAAUACCGGGAAGGAGUGGUGUUAGCCCGGCCCACCAAGCCAGGCAAAGGCUCCUUUGUUAACUGUGGUAUGAGGAAGGAGGUUCAGAUAGACAAACAGCUAGAGUCUGGUCUUCGAGUCACUGUUCAACUGGACAAGCAACAGAAUCCAGGUAAUCCAUUGCCAUCCUGCCUCUGGACAGGCGAGACGGGUAAUAUUACCAAUGUGAUCCGUAGUAUAGGCUUAGUCCUGCAGAAGUUAGUCUUUGCACUGAACACCCUCAGCCUUCGGGCGAUAUCAUGUCUGCCACAUGGCGUCUUUAAACAUGUUCAGGAAUCAUCAUACCCAGUUAUAGUGAAUAACUAGCCCCAUGCCCCUCAGUUCAAGUGUUAGUUACUCAUUUAUUCUAUCUUAAUGUUUGCGCUGUUUAGAGCUCAACCAUGUUUUGAGUUUCAUCAAUGUAUAGACUGUGCUGAAUAGACUAAACUCUUACAGGCUCUUAUUAAAUUUAAGGGGUAGAGCUUGUUUAUGUGCUAGGGAAGAGUGUUGGGAACAUGGCACAGGGGGUUGCUGGUUGAUUUCCAGCAGAGUCUGGAGAACUGUAGUUUGCUAUGCUAACCCACUGUUUGUUUGUUUUUUCCAGACAGUAAAACACAGAAAGGCACUGUAGUAUCCUCGAACCAUCCACGGACUGUGUCUGGCCUGUACUGGGGUUACAAUGUCCGCUUAGCCUCCUGCCUGAGUGCUGUUUUUGCUGAAUGCCCUUUUAAAGAAGGCUAUGAUCUCUCUAUUGGGACCUCUGAGCGAGGGACCUGUGUGGACCAAGCAACUCUCCCCUCCUUCAG